AUGGGUGCCUGGGGCUACUGUCUCUUCCAGUCCGAUCAUGACUUCGAUAUGAUCUAUGAGAUGAGCCACGAAGCCGGCCUUGCCAAAUUCGAGGAAGACGCCCGAGCUCGUGCAAAAGCAGAAGGCAAGAGUGACGAGGAAGUGAAUUCUAUGUGCUAUAUUAUCUACGGCAAAGAUUGCUCAGACCCCGAGCUUGUCCGCAAGCACCUCGAUUCAGGUGUCCUUGUCGACAUGAUUGCAAAGAAGGAGUCAAAGAUGCUGUCUAAACUCACUGGGUCCCUGGAACAGAAGGCCGAGUAUUGUACUCGAGAUCCUUGCUACGCAUACGUCCUGCUCGGUGCAUGUUCCAUGACACUUGGUUGCCAGCUGCCUGACGCUUAUGUUAGCAUGCUGAAGAGGGUCUACACCGAAGGCGGGCUCAUGCCGGAUGCGCAGCGCCAGAUGAAGAAGGCCCUUUUUGGUCCAGGUGGCUACAAGAAUGGCAAGCCUUACGAUUUCAAGUCCAAGACGCUCUUGGAGGUUGCCAAUUCUCGUGAGGUCGAAGAGCGCGACACUGGCUCACAAGGCUUUAUCAUGAUGAAUGUCCUCAGCCCAGGCGGCAUAUGGGACACCGGUAUGACCACAUCGACAACUUCUUUGGUCUUGAAAGAACUUCGGGCACAGCACCACGAACCUGACUCAUGCGGUGGCUGUGGUGCGGAGCACAGAGCUGGUGGCAAGGCUCUACUUACGUGUUCCAAGUGUCACAAUCGAAAGUACUGCUCUGUCGAAUGCCAGAAGAAGUCCUGGAAGGUCCACAGGAAGGUUUGCGUGCCUCCAAAGGCUUUUGCCUAG